AUGUCAGAAAUGAAUCCUGAAGAAUAUGGCUCUAAUCUUGAACCCUUGAGUGCGAUACGAAUACGGGAGUUAGAGAACAUCGAAAAAUCAAUCGUUGAACUUGUAGAAACAGCAGGGAAAGCAAUUAUGUGCCUAGGAUCAAAUCGAUCACUUCCUUCAGAAGGUAGUGAGCCCUCGGGAUCAAAUAAUGCCGUAGAGAAGCUUACUAAAGCUCAGCAGGAAGAAGAAUUUAGGAUAUCGGCUCAAAAAUUUUUUGAUUUGGUAGAUAGUAUUCAAGAUAAUUUACGAAUUCAAUUUCGUAAUAUGCGAAAUAUGGGUAUCACUGCAGGUGACAUUCCUUUUUUUACG